AUGGCUGCAAGCUUUGAAGGAGCAAACAUUGAUCCAACAGCAUGGGAGGAUAAAAAGAACCCUGGUGAAUCACGAUUCCCUGCUCAGAUGCGAGUUAUGACCAGGCAAGUUUGCGAGCCAUUAGAAGAGGAUUCCUUCAGGCCUAUUCUUCAUCACUACAAUGGCCCUAAGUUUCGACUUGAGCUAAACAUUCCAGAGGCUCUCUCUCUGUUGGAAAUAUUGGCAAAAAACAAUCCUUGA